UAUUAAAUCUCUUGCGCAGCUGCAGUAUAUAAUACGAAGCUAGUGCCCACCGCAGAGAAAAGUAAUUCGUGGACCUCACAUAACACGCGAAAGAAGGAAAGGCAUCAUCUUUCAAUCUCAAACCAAAAUUGAAAUUUGCAUUAAAACUUAAGUUGAAGAAAGAUGGGAGGUGGGAAAGACAAGCAUGAAAAUGAUUCUACUGAUAAAGGGUUGCUUUCACAACUUGCUGGAUUUGCUGCUGGUCACUACCCCCCUCAUGGAUCAUAUCCUUCACAUGGUUAUCCUCCUCAACCAUAUCCCCAACAGGGCUAUCCUCCUCAACCAUAUCCCCAACAGGGCUAUCCACCUGGUGGAUAUCCUCCUCCUGGUGGAUAUCCUCCUUCUGGUGGAUAUCCGCCAGCAGGUUAUCCUCCCCCAGGGGGAUACCCACCUGCAGGUUAUCCUCCUUCAGGUGGUUACCCUCCAGCUAGUUAUCCUGGCCCAUCAGCCCCACAUCAUUCAGGGCAUGGAUCUCAUGGAUCUGGUAUGGGGCCCCUGUUAGCUGGGGGUGCAGCUGCUGCUGCUGUUGCUUAUGGGGCUCACCAACUGUCACAUGGACAUGGACAUGGACAUUAUGGGUAUGGCAUGGGUCAUGGGAAGUUCAAGCAUGGAAAAUUUAAGCAUGGGAAGUUUGGAAAGCACGGAAUGUUUGGAAAGCACAAGGGCAAAUCCUUCAAGAGAUGGAUGUGAUUCUUUCCUAUAUGUAUUUGACUCCCCCUCUUAUUAUGUACGCACCAGCUUUCUCCCAUAACUGAUUUGGCUUUUCAGAGAUUGCUUUCUGUUUUUCUCCUAACGAAUUUACGUUCAGUUUAGGUAUUACUACAGUCAUGUACUUCAUAUAUCUUACAUGUUUGCUGCUUUGUUUUAUUUUAUUUUAUUUAUUUUGUGUAAA